AUGUCAGUCAUCACAUCUGAGAUAUCUUAUCAACCUUCAUCAUCAAUGGAUAUAGAUUUUCUAGGAGAAUCAUUAUACCGAAGCAAUGAAGAUAAUUUGCCCCUAAAUGAUCAUAUCAAAAAUUUAAAAGUUAAAACAAUUUAUAAUACAAUCACCAAAACAAAUGAUAAACAGGAAGUACUUAAAUUAUUAACUGAUUUAGCUCGAUCUACUGAUGGACUUAUUAAUAAUGAAUUAAGAUGUAAAAUAUGGCCAAUCUUAUUAGGUAUAGAUGAUAAUAGCAACAUCCACAAUAAAGAUGUUACCAUCAAAAAUGACAACCAUCUUCCACCUUCAAUACUUUCAAAUAACAAAUUUUCUACAGAUUUAUUUUUACAAGAUUUACAAUGUGUUGAAUUACCACCUCAUAAAGAUGAAGAUCAAGUAAAAUUAGAUAUUCAACGAUCAAUAACAAUUUUAAAUCAUAUACAAUCAUUACUGUAUUCAGGUUCAUCAUCUUAUACAACAAUAUUAACAACCAAUGAAAUUGAUCAUUUAAAGGGGAAAUUAUCCAAUUUAAUUAUAAAAUUAUUACGGAAAUAUCCUAGUUUAAAUUAUUAUCAAGGAUUUCAUGAUAUUGCCAGUAUUAUUUUAUUAGUAUGUUAUAUUCCUAAUGAUAAACUGGAUGAUUAUAAUAUUAAUAUCAAUGGAUCAAAACAUAAUGAUGGAUCUAAUAAUACUUAUGAAGAUGGUAAUGAUUAUCAAAUUGAUGAAGAAUUGGCAUUUAAAAUGUUGGAAAAAUUGGCAAUUUAUCAUUUACGAGAUUAUUUAAUUACUGAUAUUAAUUUAUCAAUAAAUCAUUUACGAUUAAUUCCCACAAUAUUACAAAUUGUUGAUAAUCAAUUAUUUGAAUUAAUUAAACAAACUUCAAAUUCAUUUAUUCAAUCUCAAGGAUUAAAUUAUGAUUAUAAAUUUUAUCAAGCAUUAUCAUCAAUUUUAACCAUUUAUUCUCAUGAUUUAAUUAAUUUAUCACAAAUAUUAACUUUAUGGGAUUUCAGUUUAAGUUAUAAUUCCGUAUUAAUAAAUAUGUAUAUUUAUGUGGCCACAUUAAUAACUUUUAAAUCAAAAAUUUGGCAAACUUUAAAUAUUCCACAAGAAGAAAAUGAUGAUAUCUCCAUUGAUUUUAGUAAUAUUGAUCCUGAUAUAGUUCAUAGUACUAUAUCAUCAAGUAAUUUAUUUGAUGGAUUAACUGAUUCUCAAUUAGUUACAAUACUUAAUAAAUCAAAAGAAUUACUUGAAAUGUUCCCUAUAGAUGAGUUAACUAAUAAUGAAACUACUUGGAAUAAAUGGUUUCAACAAUAUAAUGUCGAUUCAGUAUUGUGUAAUACAUCGAAAUUAGUUGAUAAUGGCAACGAUAAUCUGAAAUUAGAAAAAUUUAAUCAAUAUAGAUAUUUAAUAUCACAAGAUCAAAAUGAAAAACUAGAAGAAUAUGUUGAUGAAUUACUGAAUCUAAUAGCAAAACAAGAUAAUCAAAUAUUAAAACAAGUUAAAGAUGAACAGAUAGAAGAAGAAAAGAUUUUCCAAGAACUACUAGCGAAGCAACAACAACAACAACAACAACAAGAAGAAGAAGAGGAAUUAUCACAAUCAAUACAAUCAAUACAAUAUGAUGAAGAUGAUGGUAAUUCGUUGUCAUCAUCAAGUGGAAAUCUGUUAUCAUCAUCAUUAACAUUGGCCAAUUCAAUUACUUCAUCUUCAAUUCAUAGAAUUAAAUCAACGUUAUUAUUUAGAAAAUUCUUUCACAAUAAUGAUGUGGAAGAAUCUCAAGAAAUUAACGAUACUACGAUCACCACCACCACCAAUAACAAUAACAAUAACAAUAACAAUAGCAAUGAUGAUGAUGAUGCUGAUGAAAGGGUUAUUAGAAAUAAGAAUUGGAUUUUAUCAUUAUUAAACAACAACAACAACAACAACAACAACAACAAUAUUUAUAAAAUCAGUAUUACUAUUGGUUUUAUUGGUUUCAUUCUCCAUUUUUUUCUUAUAAAACCUAAUAAUAAUAGUAAUUUUUUGAUAACAAUGAUUAUUAAUCCAAUAAAACAAUUAUUACAAUAUGAACCAUUAUUUACAUUAAGUACAAUUGGUACAACAUUUAUUAAUGAUCUUGAAGAAAGUUUUAAUAGUAUUACUAAUGGUGGUAUUACAACUAAUAAUAUAGGGAAUUUUUUCGGAAAUAUUGGAAUUGGUAAUAUUAGAAAUACAAUUUAUGGAUUUAAUUGA